ACAACUCAAUAAAGAGAAAUCGGCCCAAUCAGCCCUGUUUUUACUAGAGGCUCACUCACAAAGCGCCCUUGAAGAGCAGAAAGUAAGCCAUAUUUUGUGGAGCGUAAGAAGGGUAUAGAGGUUGGCCUCUAAACUCAUUGAAAUUCAAGCAACCCUGAUCGUCAAUACCAAUUAACUAGUAACAUUAACAGGCACUAAGGAGUAACUGCAAAAUGGAGGAAAGUGUUGUAUCAGAUUGGAGUUCCGACAAUUGCAGUUGUCCUAACCGCGACAUGCAAAGUAACCGUGGCCCGCAGAAUCCGAAUAUUUCGAGCCGUGGACAACCCUACAAUGGCGUUGCCAACUCUGGCAAUGCUAUUGGCAACUCACCCAUGCCAAUUGAUCCGCCCCCAAAGACUUAUCCCACAGAGCCUCCCCCUAACCAAGCUUUUUAUUACAACGCGGCAACGGCAAGUAAAUGUGGGGCCUCACGGGUCAUUGUGCCAAGUAGAAACUUCAAAUCAACCAAUAAAUCGGCAACUAGCGCCCAUCUUGCCGCCAAUGAUAGUGUUUAUAAUAUUGAAGCUCUGGACCGCGGGACCAAGAAUGAUUUUAUGGCGCACAGAAAACUACAAGGAACAAGAAAAGUGUCAACGAAUCCGUUUGAAAUUGCCAACGAAGGCGUUUAUAAUAUCGAAUCUCUGAACCGCGGGACCAAAAAUGAUUAUAUGGCGCAAAGAAAACUACAAGGAACAAGAAAAGUGUCAACGAAUCCGUUUGAAAUUGCCAACGAAGGCGUUUACAAUAUUGAAUCUCUGAACCGCGGGACCAAGAAUGAUUAUAUGGCGCAAAGAAAACUACAAGGAACAAGAAAAGUGUCAACGAAUCCGUUUGAAAUUGCCAACGAAGGCGUUUACAAUAUUGAAUCUCUGAACCGCGGGACCAAGAAUGAUUAUAUGGCGCAAAGAAAACUACAAGGAACAAGAAAAGUGUCAACGAAUCCGUUUGAAAUUGCCAACGAAGGCGUUUACAAUAUUGAAUCUCUGAACCGCGGAACCACGAAUGAUUAUAUGGCGCAAAGAAAACUACAAGGAACAAGAAAAGUGUCAACGAAUCCGUUUGAAAUUGCCAACGAAGGCGUUUACAAUAUUGAAUCUCUGAACCGCGGAACCACGAAUGAUUAUAUGGCGCAAAGAAAACUACAAGGAACAAGAAAAGUGUCAACGAAUCCGUUUGAAUUUGCCAACGAAAGCGUUUAUAAUAUCGAUUCUCUGAACUGCGAGAACCUAAGGGUUAAUGUUCCGUAUGAGACAACCAUGGCAGAUGACGAGAGCCGAUUUAAUGACCAACAAGUCCAUGUCUAACCAAGUCAAAAAACCAUCUAAAGCUAUUGAAGCAAAAAGAUCAUUUGAAGGCCAACUUUCCUCGCGCCAUGUUACACUUCUAAUUUAAUUGAUCCGUAUUAUUAUCCAUCAACUCUGGAAUUUUAGGCAUGGCAUUAUGAAAGUUUCGUCAAGAGAGCUGGAUUCCCUGAACCUGUCCACGGUGUCAGUUGAUCCCAUAGACCCCUUUGACAUUACCGGCAGAAUCUCGUUCCUUGAAUACAACACCCACGUUGCUUUUUCCACCGACAAAUGGCCUGAUCUCAUCAGUUCCCUCGGGUGCCUUCAUCUUUGCUUUCGGUUUCAUCAACAUGCUCUUGCUCCUAUUCGCAAUUAGCUAAUCAAAAAGGCGCCAUGAUGUAAUCAAACCCGUGGAGAGGACCGCCGUUGUCUCACCGACAAUAACCGGGUCGUCAAUUGAGACUAAAUUACGUUCGGCUCUUCACCAUCCUGGAGACUUGGAAGAAACGCCAACAUCUUGAACAUCAUUCCAAGUUAUCUUGGAGUUGGAAAUGAUGGGAAGAACUCUGUAUUUGAUAGCCAUUCGGAGGUCAACCCUAAUCAGCCUAUGAAGAGUGAACCCGAUUUGUUUGAUUUCCAUGUGCGUAACUAUUUGUUUGCCGUCAAGGCUAAGAAUAACUUUGCGUAGAAUUUAAACGCUUAUUUGUUACUUUUA